AUGAGUUCAUAUACUGAAUCAGAAUCUGAAGAAAUUCGUAAUGGGCAACGUGACGCCGAUGCAUUUUUACCAAACUCACCUGAAGAACCGUCAUGGGCCAAUGAUGUGUCUGAGCCAUACUCUCCGAUAAAUCAGCAAGACGAGUAUGGAUUCCAGCAAAAUUAUAAUCCCAGACAAAGUGUUCCUGCAAGGACGAUAGCGCCAGUGCAAAAUCCAAUGGAAGACUUAGUGCAAGAAUUACUUAAUCGUCUUGAUCAUCCACCACAAGGAGCAAAUACAACUUCAGGGUCAUCAGCUUCUCCUAAUUAUUUACAAGUUCUUACUAUGGUCAAAAACAUAGGCUUACCACACUACCAUGGAUGA